UUCUCACUGAGGAAAUAUUUCAUCUCCUGCGGCAGCAAUGAGUUCAGUUCAGGCUUUGAGAGAAUUUAUCAACGAGCGGCUAACGGCUGCUGCGGGAGAAAUAUUCACCGUGUUCGAACAAACUAUCGUUCAAUACGAGGAGGAGAUUGAACGGCAACGCAGGUUGUUAGAAAUCAGCUGGAAGCCUGAAAUUAAGUUACACAGAGCAGAUCUCCCAAAGCAACAUGUGUGCACUGAGGAGGAGCAGCUCUUCAAUCGGCAGGAAGCGUCCAGUGCGGAGCAGGAGAAACUGGAUCCUCCACAGAUCAAAGAAGAAGAGGAGGAGCUCUGCACCGCUCCGGGAGAAGAGCAGCUCCAGCUGAGUCUGGAGGGCGGUGCCUUCAUGGUGGCUUUCACCAACCAGCAAAGUUACCUCAGUGAACCAGAGGCAGACGGCGAGCAGCCACAUUCGCUUGGCUCUGCCGUUCCUGACAGACACGAUGCAAAAAAGGGCAAGCUCGUUGACUCGGGGUUAAAUCAAGACGCACAGCUGAGGACCAGCAGUAGAUGUCAUGAUCAAAGUGUGGAUGGCUCUCCGGUGAUGCAGACGCAGUCUGAAAGUGAGACUUCGAAGCUUUCUUACGCAACCUGCAGUCAAACGUUCAGUGAACAACAGCAGCUGCUGCUCCAGCAGACAGCUUGGACAGCCGACAAGAAAUAUUCUUGUAAAAUGUGUGGUGAGAGCUUCAGUGCGCGUAGUGAUCUGUUGGUCCACAUGAGAUCACACACGGAUGAGAAGCCGUACUCUUGCACAACAUGCAGUAAAAGUUUCAGCGUGCACAGGAACUUGUUGCGCCACAUGAGAACCCACACAGGUGAGAAGCCGUAUUCUUGUGCCAUGUGCGGGAAAAGUUUCAGUAAGCACAGUAAUUUGUUGCGCCAUUACAGAACUCACACAGGUGAAAAGCCUUUUUCUUGUGCACUUUGUGACAAAAGCUUCCGUCAGCAAAGCCAUUUGUUGCGCCACAGAAGAACUCACAGAGAUGAGAUGUGUGAGUCUUAAAACACUGAAGAAAUAUGUUCACAAUCAGUGUCAGUCUGUUGAAGUGAGCGUACUUUUCUUCACUCUGACUAUUGCUGUGUAAAAACAUGUUUUUGAAAAUGUGAAAUUAAAAAUUUUGACUUAUAAUGGUGAUAGUAGGUCACUCUAUUUCAAAAUGCAUUUCUCCUUUUUUUUGCAAAGUUGAAUUUACUGACAAGUUCUUCAUUGUGUUGAAUUGGAUUUAUUUUCAAUUUAUGCGAGUAAAUAUGGCUUUAACAA